GGGCAGCUGGCAAUAGAAUCUUGUUGAAUCACGAAGUGAACAAUACACGGCCUGUUGGUGACUGGAUAUCACAUCUACCCCAAGGUUCUCUCGGCAGCGUAGCUGAAGAUCGCAGAACCCAGGCACUGUAUCCCUUCAAUCAAUCAGCUGGUGACCUGUGGACUGCGUCUCCUUCAUUUUGGUCUUCUCAUCAAGCGGAACACAGUCAAGCUUCUGCGUACCUUGGAGUAAACACCGGUGUCGUAGACAGUUUAUCCAGGACAUCAGGCGUCCAAUCCUUGGCCCACCUAAACCCAUUGGCCUCGCACCGAUCUAAUUCCUUCAGCUCCAUAAACCCUUCUCCUUCUAGAGGAACUUCAAAGCACACUCCCGGCUCUGCAUCGGUUAAUGCCUACCCUAAAGCAUGGCCUCAGUCUUACGAUUCCGCACCAUGGCCUACAGCUCCAGGGUUGUCUUCAAAUGAAGAAAACGAGACCUUUGGCCUUGUGGAUACUGGGUACCUUGGCAUGAACAAGGAGGUUGGAACUGCUCGCUCAAACACGAUCACGGAUCCCUCCUUUUCAUCUUCCGAUGCUCCUUCGAUGGAGCUGCUCUCCGGUCAAAGCAUCACUUCGUCACUUGGACGACAAUCCAGCGAGCCUCGACUUGCUGAAGAGGAUGAGGUCAGUGCAGAUACCGACAUACAAGAACGAGACUGA